AUGCCUCAUGUGGCUUCAGCUGAUGACCAUUUCGGUGGGAAAAUUUUCUGCCAAUGGAAUCCUACUGGCGCAAGUGGACCCGAAUUGCUGGUAGUUCAGGGAGAUCUAACGAGCUGUAAAGCUGGCGCAAUCGUAAACGCAGCUAAUAGUCAUUUGAUGCAUGGUGGGGGACUUGCUGCAGCAAUUGUUCGUAAAGGAGGUAUCUCGAUUCAGCAAGAGAGUAGCAAAAGGGUUAAAGAUCACGGAGAGCUUGAUGUUGGCAAAGCUGUCACGACUGCAGCAGGCAAAUUGUCAUGUAAUCACAUUAUUCAUACGGUUGGCCCCGAUGUGAGGGGCAGUAAAUUGACACUUGAACACACAACAAAGCUCCACGAGGCUGUGUGGAGUGCGUUGAUGGAAGCGCAUCGGCUGAAAGUGGACUCUGUAGCACUCCCUGGAAUCUCGACGGGUAUUUUCGGAUACCCGAGAGAUUUGGGAGCUCAAGAGAUUGUAAAAGAAACUGUAAGAUUUUGUAAGGAGAAAGGAAAGAUGACGACAGUGAAACGAAUUGCAUUGAUGAAUAUUGAUGAACCAACAGUAAUAAGCUUUGUGAAGGCCUUACAGAAGACAAGAGAGGAGAGUGAAAAGCAGGAUGUUUGCAAUAAGUUGGCUCGGCUUGAGAUUCACGAUAAAGAUAAUUAG